AUGGAUGAUGGAUGUGUUGAUGAUGUAGUACCAAGAUGUGAAACAAAUGUUGGGACAGAUACAAUACCAACAGAUGAUAAUGUGGUACGAGAUGAUGAUGACGAUAAUGCUGGUGUAGAUAAUGGGGCAAAUAUAUUACCAACAGAUUUUGCAUCAUCGGCUGAAGCUGCUUUUUCAUCAAAGGACUACUUUAGAGCAGCAUCAUUUUUUGCUAAAUUUCUUCAGUUUGGGAUGCUGAUAUAUCCUUUGCCCCUGCAUUUGAGGGAAUUGCAGACAAAGGAUGAUGUUGGAGAGGCCGUGCGUAGAUGCAUGAAGAAUAUUGUUGUUGUAAAAGGACCGAAUAAUACUGUUGUUAUAAAGGACCUUCAAGGACGAUUUUGUUUCAAUACCGGCCUCUCCGAGCUCAACGAGGCUCGUGCUAUGCCGCGUACCAAGCAGUGGUGGUGA